UCCAGCUUUGCUCUAGCUGAAUUAGCUCUAGUAGGGCUUUGAAAUGGCAUUCAGUUGUUCAGUUGUACAUCUCUACCUGGUAGGUGUUUGUCAUGUUAUGGUGUACGAGAGGUCAGUAGCAAACAGAACCUAAACAGCACGUAGCGUGUACAACUUUUCAGCAGACCUGGCAUGGCAAUACCGCAUUACAUUGUAUACUUCACAAAAAUACUUAUUCAUUAUUGCACCAACUGCUUCACAUUUAUUGUCUGCUGUUUUUAAAAAAUUAAAAAGGAGAAAGAAAGCUAGCCGUACCCAAAUCAGUGGAAUUAUUAGCAGACUAAUAAAAUACCAUCAAUCACACCACAAUGGUCAUGAACAAACCUCACUCAUAGUGGCAUCACUGUGAAGGCUUAGUUGAUUGUUUUGGUCAUGUGUGGUAUACCACUUGCCGUGCGUGUUAAAAUAGACGCGUCAAGUCAUUAGUCAGGAAGUGGGUUCAGAAGGCUGUGUAUUUUCAGUUCAGUUUUCUGAGAAGUGCAACUGAGGUACAGAAAGUAGUCAAGCGCUGUAGAUUGCUGGAUGGACUAUAUGAUGUUGAAUCUCUUUUUCCAGAUUCUUUUUUUCCAAGCUUAUGGAGAGGUGGGAGCUGAGCACAAAUGGGAGGUGUCUGUUCCCCAACCUCUAACUGGAUUGGAGAGCUCCUGUAUUGUACUUCCCUGCACAUAUGACUACCCAGACACAGAAACACAUAUCAAAAGUUGGAAAGGAAUUUGGUACUUUCACCCAGAUAACGUCAUUGUGUAUGACCAAGAUUCUUCAAAAGUGGGAAAUAGUUUCAAGACACGAACCUCUUUGCCAGGGGAGUUGAACAAAAAGAACUGUUCACUUCAGAUAACUGAUAUUAAACAGAGUGACAAAGGAAAAUAUUGGUUUAGAACUGAGAUGGACGGAUAUAAUAGCUACUCCUAUAAUGACAAUAAAGUGACCAUUUCAAUCAAAGCUGAGGCAGACCCUCCAUCAUUGUCUGGAGUGAAAAAGGAAGUGAGGGCUGGAGAGAGUGUGACUGUUUCCUGUUCCGUGUCUCACUCCUGUCCCCCUCACCCUCCCACCAUUACCUGGAGUCAUAACGGCAGUAUCACUGUCCAAUCAGAGCAACAGACGGCGGGACAACAUCAACUAACCUCCAGCCUGACCUUUAAUGCCAUCGCCUCAGACCACCAGAAGUCAAUCACGUGCUCUGCUCAGUAUCAUGGCGGGAAGAAGGCCAUCAGCUCCGUCAUCCUCAACGUGACCUAUGCCCCGGUGAAUGUGACAGUUGACCCCUGGGAGCCCUCUGUGCUUGAGAAUCGCUCCAUUGAGCUACGUUGCUCUGCUAAAGGAAACCCUGCAGUCCAUAGCUACCAGUGGCGCAAUGAGAAUGGGUCUUUGCAUACACAGGGACACAUCCUUACGCUGCACAAUGUCACCAGGCUUACCCAGGCCAUCAGCUGUGCAACCAGGAACAGCGAGGGAGAGACCACUUCCAGGCCUGUGAAGGUUAACGUGGAAUAUCCCCCAGAAAUAUCGGAGAGGUCUUUCUGCACCAGAAGUCACUCGGACACACAGUGUACCUGCGUGGUUGAGUCAAACCCUCCCUCCGGUGUGUGGUGGAUCUGGGACAACAGCGAUAAGAAGUCUCCUCAGAUGCAGGAUGGUUUCACGACCAUGGCGGUGGAUCUUCUUCCACCGGAUCUUCACCAGAUUGUGUGCUUUGCUAGUAAUAUACAUGGCAACACAACGAAAAUUCUCCAUGUAAAAAAAGACCUGUUGUAUGUUUACAUAUCACUGGGUGCGGUCUGCGCUCUUCUUUUGCUGAUCAUCCUGACUCUCAUCUUUCUUGGCUUCAGGAAACGCUCCAGGACACAGCAGCAAACAUGUGAAACACCAAGUCAUCUCAACAAUUCAAAGCAAACAUGUGAAACACAAAAUCCUGUCUACGAUCCACAGCCCUGUGGAAAGCCAUUCUCCAAAGGGGAUGAAGAUGAUGAAGAUGUGUAUGGCAAUGAUGAAAUGAUGCAGGAUGAUGAUGGAGAGAUCUAUGCUAACACCGCGUAUGGAGGCGGUGAAGAGCGUUAUGAUGACAUUUAUGCCAAUUACAAGAGCCAGUGAAAGCCAGAAAGCAGCCGUGCACCAGCAAAUCCACCCUGUGCAGUCUCCAGACCAACAGAGGCCCCAAGUGCAAUUCUGUGAAGUGGCAGUGCACAUAUCCAUCUCAAAAAAAGAAAAACAGACAAACAAGCAAACAACAUUAUAUCAUAUGUUUAGUAUGUAAUGAUACUUUUCACUUUUUACUUUCUACUGGUACACAUGCGUGUUUAUUUUCAUGUAAAUAUGCUAAGACCCUAAAAAUUGCCGCUUCACUUAUAUGUAUGUACGGUAUAUGUAUACGCUAUAUGUUACUUUCUUACCUGUGAAUUGAGCCAGUGGUUAACCAACCAGAUUAUACUAAACAGCCUGAGCUUGA